UUUAGCAUUAUGGUUCCCUCGCUCUAAAGUCUAUGGGAUUUAAUAGCAUCUGAUUGUUUUUGUUCAUUUGUACAUUCUGUCUUUAUUUGCCCAGCAACUUGAUAUUAAAUUAUCCUUCGAACAGUUACAGAUCAAGUUUUUCGUACUCGCGCUUCCCUAAUUCAGUGUAUUUUUACUUGUUUGAAAGUCCAAGCUCAGCACAAAUGCAGUGUUCUGCUCAUUCAGCAAAUUGAUUAUUAGGAAUGCUAUUUUAAAUGCUAAAAAGGAAAAUCCCCCACAGCCUUCUGAAAGAAUUAAGACAUUAAUGGAGUCACACAAGUAGAAAGACCAAAUAGUAAGUUAAAUGAGACAAAAUUGAAAAACUAGAUCCAUGGAAUGGGACACUUUUUUUGGGAGUGGGGAGAAAGGGGGAUGUCUUGUAUUUUUGCAUGUUGCACGUAUUAAAUUGCAUGUUGGCAAAUCAACUAAUUGCGUGAUGUAAAGUAGACAUGACAUGAGCGUCAUUGAACAUGUCAUGAAGAAAAUGUACAUGCAGAAAAAUACAAAAAUAAAUGUUUUCAUAAAUGUAAAAGAAUAACGAGAAUCUUUGCAGCUUGAAUUCUCCAAAUAUCAGUUCCUCAGAAUGUGGAAGUGACUUUUUUUUUAAGGAACACGACUGCAUAAAUGAUUAAUAUAUAGGAGGUGGUGUUUUUAAUUUCAACUAUAAGAAGCAAGUGACUGUUAAAUUUGCUCACAUUUUUUGCUCCUUUUUGUAGAAAAUGGAUUCUUCUGAAGAAUACGUUAGAAUGGAGAUGGAAUGUGAACCAAAGAAAUCAUUUUGGAGAGGUCGCUCAUGGAGCCGACAAACUGGCAUCCUUGUGCUUCUAGGAACAGUUUGCAUGAUUUUUUUCCUCAUCAUGACUUCUGUCAUCUUUUCGCAUCAAGAAAGAAAGUUCUCAAUGCUGGAGAGUUGGAUGAGAAGCCAUUCUUCUAAUAUAAGCUCAGUCAAAUCUGAUUUUCAGAUCACAGGUAGCGACUUGGAAAAGAAGGUUUCUGAGCUGCAGAACUUGGUGUCCAGUCUGAGUUCAUCUUUGAACACGACUAACACAAUGACCAACAAAGUGAAUGAAAAGAAAUUGUCUAAUAUUGAGACCUUGAUGACCGAUCUCGGCUCGUCACUGAGUUCCCUUGCAAACGUACAAAAGGACAGCCAACAAAAGCUGGAGCACCAAAAGGAUCUGAUGGACGAGUUGGACUCAGACGUAAAAAAUCUUAUGUUUCAAGUAACCCAGGGCCAUCACAGUCUAAUUUCAUCUCUGAUUUUUAAUCGAAUGGACUCAAACUCACUGAAGGACGUGAAGAAUACAGUGGAGGAACUGAGAUCAUUUGUUCAAGCUUUGUCUUAUAAACUAUCACUAACCAACGCACUUACAUCCGGCUGUACUGGAACUGAGUGGAUCCAGUUCAGAAACAGCUGUUACCUGUUCUCUAGUCACUCCUUGAACUGGACACAAGCAAAGGAUUACUGCGAAGAACAGGGCGCGCUACUCUUAAAAACUGAAAACGGCACUAAGGACGAGUGGGAAUUUGUUACCCAUUUUGCCAAACCAUUUGAGUACUGGAUCGGGCUAACGGAGCACAACACGGGCCAGUGGAGAUGGGCGGAUGACACUCCUUGCACCAUGGACAAAGUACACUGGGGACCUGGGCAGCCGGAUGACUGGCAAGGACAUAAAAAAGGCGGAGGAGAGGACUGUGCACAUAUAACAGGAGUUUCAAAUAUUAAUGACAACCACUGCUCCAACGAAAUGAAAUUUAUAUGUAAAGGACCUAAGGAUUCUUAAUGGCAACCUGUGUGUGUGUGUUGCUUCAAGAUAGCAACCAAACAUUUGUUUAUUUUUUCUUUAUUCGUUUAUAAUCCUUUAAUCAUAAUCAUUUCAUUAUUCCAUUUCAUCUUAUAACCGUGUAUUCAUUUUCUUCACAUUACUUGCUAAUCUUACGAUUGUGUGGUUUCAAGAGAUAUUUGAGUUCACAAAUUAAGAGAUUUUUACAGUAAUCUUCCAUGGCUUUUGCUUCGGGACAAUGGCACUUGUUGCAUGUGUGAUGAUCAAACGAGUACAGGACGAAGACCAAAGUGGUGAUGAAGUUUUUCAAAUCCAUCAAGAUUAAAAUCUAACCCAAGUUCUUUAAUGAGUUUCUCAACUAAAAGAUGUGGCUGAAUGGUGUUGAAAGCAGAUGGAAAAUCAAUAAAAAGUUAUUUAACAAA